AUGCAGAGGUUAACUGCUGCCACGUAUGACACAUCUCCACAGCUUGUUCUGAGCAGUACUGCCAUUUCUAGUGCCACAUACGACACUGCUGUACAGCUUGUUCCGAGCAGUACUGACAUUUCUAGUGCCACUUAUGACACUGCUCUACAGCUUGUUCCGAGCAGUACUGAAAUUUCUAGUGCCACUUAUGACACUGCUCUACAGCUUGUUCCGAGCAGUACUGACAUUUCUAGUGCCACUUAUGACACUGCUCUACAGCUUGUUCUGAGCAGUACUGAAAUUUCUAGUGCCACUUAUGACACUGUUCUACAGCUUGUUCCGAGCAGUACUGGAAUUUCUAGUGCCACUUAUGACACUGCUCUACAGCUUGCUCCGAGCAGUACUGACAUUUAUAAUGCCACUUAUGACACUGCCCUAGAGCUUGUUCCGAGCAGUACUGAAAUUUCUAGUGCCACUUAUGACACUGCUCUACAGCUUGUUCCGAGCAGUACUGACAUUUCUAGUGCCACAUACGAAACUGCUCUACAGCUUGUCCUGAGCAUGUCUGCCAUUUCUAGUGCCACUUAUGAUACUGCUCUACAGCUUGGUCCGAGCAGUACUGCCAUUUCUAGUGCCACUUAUGACACUGCUCUACAGCUUGGUCCGAGCAGUACUGACAUUUCUAGUGCUACUUAUGGCACUGCCCUACAGCUUGUUCUGAGCAGUACUGACAUUUCUAGUGCCACUUAUGACAAUGCUCUACAGCUUGUUCCGAGCAGUACUGACAUUUCUAGUGCCACAUACGACACUGCUGUACAGCUUGUUCCGAGCAGUACUGACAUUUAUAGUGCCACUUAUGACACUGCUGUACAGUCUGUUCUGAACAGUACUGACAUUUCUAGUGCCACUUAUGACACUGCUCUACAGCUUGUUCCGAGCAGUACUGACAUUUCUAGUGCCACUUAUGACACUGCUCUACAGCUUGUUCCGAGCAGUACUGAAAUUUCUAGUGCCACUUAUGACACUGCUCUACAGCUUGUUCCAAGCAGUACUGACAUUUCUAGUGCCAUUUAUGACACUGCUGUACAGCUUGUUCCGAGCAGUACUGACAUUUAUAGUGCCACUUAUGACACUGCUGUACAGUCUGUUCUGAACAGUACUGACAUUUCUAGUGCCACUUAUGACACUGCUCUACAGCUUGUUCCGAGCAGUACUGACAUUUCUAGUGCCACUUAUGACACUGCUCUACAGCUUGUUCCAAGCAGUACUGACAUUUAUAGUGCCACUUAUGACACUGCUCUACAGCUUGUUCCGAGCAGUACUGACAUUUCUAGUGCCACUUAUGACAAUGCUCUACAGCUUGUUCCGAGCAGUACUGACAUUUCUAGUGCUGCAUACGACACUGCUGUACAGCUUGUUCCGAGCAGUACUGACAUUUAUAGUGCCACUUAUGACACUGCUGUACAGUCUGUUCUGAACAGUACUGACAUUUCUAGUGCCACUUAUGACACUGCUCUGCUGUACAGCUUGUUCCGAGCAGUACUGACAUUUAUAGUGCCACUUAUGACACUGCUGUACAGUCUGUUCUGA